UGAGCCAAUUCCCCUCUGCCUCUAGCAGUACUUCUCUAGUGGUCUAGGCCUCCCAUGGUGGGGUGAGUUUUGAGUAUGACUCCGCUCACAUCUUGUUGGUUUAUAGUUGAAUCUGUCAUCAUCCGUGAUGGAUUUCAGAAGUGGAUUUCUCUGAGCUUCUUCAUCCAUCCUAUUCUGCUUUUCUUCUGCCGGAUUUUCCUCUGGCUCAUACUGCUAAAAAAAUGGCUUUUCCUUUUAGUUUUUUCUCCUCUUAGAUUCAUUUUCUUUGUUGGUUUGCGUAUUUUUAGAUCUUUAAGGCAUUUAGUCUUCUCUUUUCUCUCAUUUUCUGGAUUGGUCGAUGCUGAAGUACCUGUACAGGAGAUUGAGAGGUUUGAAACUCCACAAAUUUGUAGUCAAAAUCAAGUAGUUUUUCUUCAGUAUAGCUGGUCUAGGGUAGCAACCAUAGAGAGAAACAUUAAGGACAUUGAAGUACUCUACAGAAUUGAGUUAGAUGAUCAGGAAGAUGAUUAUGAAGAAGACCCACCAGUCCUUCCUAUUGAUCAUGAAGAUACAAACUUGAAUGAGGACUUGUCUUCAGUUUGUAGCUCCAAUUCCCCACUCAAAGAUGAGUAUCUAGUCGAGGAUUUCUCAUCCAUUUCUAGUUCUAAUUCACCUGCAAAUGAUCCAGAGAUGAAUGUGUAUUUUCCAUCAGAUUGUUGCACCAACUUGCCUGUCAUGGAAAGGGAAUUAGUAUCCCAUGGGGUAGACGACAACGAAGAAUCAGAUCCUUUCUACAACAAGUACACUGAAAGAAUGGGAUGGUUUGAUGUCCUCAACAACGAAAGAACCUGUGGAAUAAGUGCUAUGUUGAAUAAGCAGUUGGGAGCUCCUAAUUCAUUUGAGAGCAUAGAGCCUGUGGAUUUCUCUAUUCCCUUCAUGUCAUGGAGCAAAAUGUCUAGAAGAAAACUGCUGAGAAGCCUAGAGAGUGACUUUGAAAUGGUUUAUGUGGCUCAGUCCUGCUUGUCCUGGGAGGCCCUCCAUCACCAAUACCGAAGAGUUGAGGCUCUUGCAUGCUCCCAAACUGGUUUUUUCUACAACAAUGUAGCUGGGAAAUUUCAGAAGUUUCAAGUGCUGUUAGAGAGGUUCAUGGAGGAUGAAAGGUGUGAGGGCAAAAGGUUCACCAAUUAUGCUCGAGGGAGGUUUUCCCUCAAGAGUCUUCUCCAAGUUCCAGAGGUUUCAGGCUUUGUGGAGGCAGAGAAGGAAGGUGUUAGGGGAGAAGCAAUGAGGCCAAGAGAAGUGUUGAAGGCCAUAGAGAAGUGCAUAAAGGCUUUUUGGGUGUUUGUAAAAACAGACAACAAGAAGUGUUGGCCCAAGUUUAGAAGUCUUUUGUGGACUCAUCCACCUGUGGAAGACCCAAGAGAUUUGGAGCUAUUAGCUGACCUCUCCAAAAGACUCCAAAAGAAGGAGCUAUGGAUGAAAGAUUUACAAGGGAAGAAGCGGUGUUGGUUGAAGAGAUCAAUGGCAAACCCUCUUGGAGAAUCUCAAAAGAAGGAGAUGUUGUUUACAAUGAUAGACAUGAAGCUAGUGUCAAGGGUGCUCCACAUGUCUCUCAUCUCAUCUUCUCAACUUAACUGGUGCCAAGAGAAGCUUGAUAACAUAGAGUUCAAGGAAGGAAAUGUUAUCAGGGAAUGCACUAGUCCUUUAUUCCCAUCAUCUUGAUGAGUAUUCCAAGAAAAAUGAAAUCCAAUUUUAGGGGUUUCAUUUAAGAUAAAAAGGAAUAAUUUCAUUCACUUUCUUAGAGGUUUUAGUUGCAUACCUUUAUUUUCAUUGGUUUGAAAAUUUAUCAACCACCUUUCUUAUUUUGAAUGAUAGGAGAAGUGAGUGAAAAUGAUAAGAAAGGUAUUUGAUGGAAUUUCAAAUCAAUAAAAACUAAGUGUAUUUAAUCAAAACCUAACGGAAGGUGAAUGAAAUUAACUAAUAAUGUAUAUAAAGUUCAAGUGAUAGUGAAUAAGUGAUGUUAUGUAAUAUAAUUUUGGAAAUAAAAAUUGUCUAAUAAUAUGAGUGUUGAUCAUAUCUUGUAUGGAA